GUUCGGUGUGUGUGCAAAUCAGUGUGUGCCGCGCGCGCGCGUGCACGCGCUCACGCGCGAGUGCGCGAGAGAGAGAGAGUGAGGAUGGCUCCCGUUGUUGUAGUGUGGAAGUGGGUCUGCGGCCGCGACGUGAUCAUCGCGGAGAUCCCAGACAAACGCAACGGGCGUCACGGGCGUGACAUGGUUUUCUAUAACGGUGUCACACAUCACGACACCCGUGUGUAUGAAGUGCACGUCAACGAUGUCCAUGCGAUGGACAUCACGACUGGAUUGGGGUUUGUCGGCGAUGGCGCUUUGAGCCAUGUCCUCCUCUUCGUGACGAAGAGGCAUGAGGUGGUGCCAAACAAAUGGGAAGAUCCCCACCGGGACGCGGUGGGGGACACCAUCAAGUACCUUGUGUCCGCCAUUGCCGAAGAGUUUGAGAACCGCAUGGGCGAAAUGCCUUGGUACGACACCAUCUUCGACCCCCUUUUGGAGGGCAGGGGGUACUUGCACGGGCUGGUGGAUACAUGGGUACCUGAGGAUGACCUUCGUGUCCGUAAAUGCGGUGUUGUUGGCGGCGAUGAUGAUGAUGACGAGUUAUAUGACGGCGACGAUGAUGAUGAUGACGAGUUAUAUGAUGGUGGCGAUGAUGAUGAUGACGAGUUAUAUGAUGGCGGCGAUGAUGAUGAUGACGAGYUAUAUGACGGCGGCCAUUAACAAGAUGAUGAUGACAUGUCUGCAGCGGURUUGUUGGCGGUGAUUCUGUGUGGAUUACAUGUGUCGUUUUUUUGGGAACGUGUCAUGUAAGUAGUGGGAUCCAUCGGGCGAGUCCGUGGCGAAACAAACCRCCGGUGGUGAUGUCRGUGGUGGUUGGGACGUGGGAGAUGAUGGUGUCGACGAUGAUGAUGAUGACGAGUUAUAUKAKGRCRRCGAUGAUGAUGAUGAUGRCGAUACUUUGUCAUCACCAUCAUCAUCGCCGCCGUCAUCGAACUCGACUUCAUCAUCUUUGUCGACACAAUCAUCAUCGACGUCCCAACCACCGCCGACAUCAUCAUCGGCGCUUCAUUCUCGUAUGGAGUCCAUGGACAGCGUCCGUGCACAGUGUGCAUYGCAAUCGGGACAGUGACAUGCAAGUUCUCGCCAAUGUCAAUUGUUGUGAUCGAGGUUGUUUUAAUGAAUGCARCACAUGUGC